AUGAAAAGGUGGCUGCUGGUACUUUUAAUUGCUUUAAGUUUUGUUACACAAUUUCAGUUGCAGGUCGCCGUUUCAGUAGGUGAAAGUCAAUAUUUUACAAGUUAUCAUCAAGCUGUAAACCAUGACAUCGCGUUCGGCGCUCUUUUGCCUCUCCACUCAAGAGACAAACGUGGAAUUUGCGGAUCUCCAAAGCGCCAAGAAGGGUUUUUAUGGCUGCAUGCUCUGCAAUACGCAGUGGAAGACGUGAACAGAAAGUGGGACGCACGGCGUUUUAAUGCAUCUUUGACACUUACUGUGUGCGACACUUGUAAUGAUGAACAAAUAGCUUUAGAACAAGCCCUCGACCUUGCAUAUACAUACAGGAAGAAGUUAAAUGGUGGCGACGAUUUAAAGCCGGUUUUGGGUGUUAUAUCUUCCUCUCAGAACAAGGAUGCUUCGACUCUCCUAGGACUGUUCAAGGUACCGCAAAUUAUCUUUGGUAAAGACAACAAUACGCCUGACAGUCCAGGUGAUAUUUUACAAUCAGUGUCCAUUGGAUAUUACAAGGCUCGUGCGCUUGCAGAUCUUGUCAAAUAUUUUACAUGGAGUGCUGUGUCUGUCGUUUAUUCAACUGAACAUCAGGAUGACUUUGAAAUAUUUUUGCGCAUAUCCAACAUCGAAAAGCUUUGCGUUGCGGUGAAGGUUUUGCUUAGUGGCGAGGGAACACACUCUGUAUCGUAUGAGCAGACAAUUGUGAAACUAUUAUCUGAGCCAGCGUCCACCAUAGUUAUUUUAUUUACAGACGACAGAGAAACGAAAAAAAUAUUGCAAAGUAAGUGUUUGGGCAGAAGACAUGCAUUAUUGACUAAAUAUAAUGAAUUCAGUAUUUUUUUUUGCAUCUUGUAAGGAUUCCAACAGCCAAGAUUAAUUGCCUUUCAACAGGUACUGGGCAAGUUCUCAGAUCAUUCCGAUUUCCAACUCAGUCACUCACAACUUAUAAAAUAGCGUGGAGCAAGAUUCGGAGGAGACUGAUCCGACACUCCUAGCGGACGGCUCACUCGAUAAUCGGUGGCGACGUACAAUAUCUUUUGUCUAUUACGGGGUAUUUUAAUAAUUGAGAAAAAAACAAGUUUUGCAAUGUCUGUGCUUAAUAAACACCCCCUAAGGGCAAAAGGGAAAUAUUGAAAAAAAAAAAAAGUAAUAACAACAACAACAACAAAACUAAAAUCGGUCGAUUUGAAGGCUCAGUAGUUUCACUCGAGCGCCGAAUUCUGAUUUCUGUCAACUGACAACAUCAUUCGACAGCACUCGUUCGUCGUAGUAAAUGACUUCGACUUGAAUAUAUUCCCGUCCCUGAUUUUUUGCUACAAGGUGCAUUAUUGAGAAUUGACAAUUUGUUUUACCCUUUAUUUUACUCAACAGCUGUUAAAAUUGUGAAACCAACUUCACAAUUCACAUGGAUCGUAACCAACCAAAGAGACGUACACUGUUUUGAGGGUAACUCAGAAGAUGACUCUUUUGUUAUUGUCCCUCACUUUCCUUUCAUGGAAGGAUUCAAGGACUACUUCGAAAACAAAGGCGAUACAAUCGAGUUUAACAACAUCAUUGAAAUGCCCGUUGAUCAAAGCAGCUGCUCAAACAUUGGGACAGCUGACUCACCUUCUAAACGAAGAGAGGAAGAAAUUCAAGCAUCUAUGAAUAGUAUUUAUUUGUUUGCGCAUGCGUACGAAAAGGCAUCCCACGCCAUCAUCGGCCGCACCACGAUGCAGCUCGACCGAGUGGUGUUUUCGAGGAGUCUGGGACACGUACUAGACGUUUUCUAUAGUCAGAACUGGAAACGUUUUUCGGGUCAGCAGCAUAUGAAGGAAAAUAUUUUUUCUUUGAUCUCUGUGAAGUCGAAUGGAUCUGUCAAAAAUCAUGUUACUGUUGGUACUUGGGACAGUUCAUGGUUUAUUAACGGCUUUAGAAUCAAGUGGCGGAACCAAACAGUACCAAAAUCCUCCUGUGGUAACCAGUGCCCUCCAGGUCACAUUCGAGUCUUAAAGAACGAUAACGAGUGUUGCUGGUCGUGUGCAACGUGCCACUACAAUCAAAUCGUGAAGGAUGAUUACACAUGCGUAGAUUGCUUGAGGGGCUAUUGGCCGAAUGAGGAUUUUAAGAAGUGCGAGUUUCAGUGGCAGAGAACGUUAUUCUUCUGCACUUUAGCUGUUUCUUUCGUGGCACUCGUCUUCCUUUUCAUGGUGCUUUAG